CCCAGCUAUAAACAAGUUUUAUUGAGCUGGACUGUUUACAUAAACUCUUAGUAUUAGUUAAUUAUAAGGAAAUGUUUUUUGUUUAAUUUUCUUGUUCACACAAGUGAGAUGUUCUUUGGCAUAUGUCAGUUAUCCCUAUUAUAUUUUGUAAAAAAAAAAAAAAAAAGAAAAAAGAAGAAAGAAAGAAAGAAAAGAAAUACAAUAAAUUAACUACAUUGAGACAUAAAUUGUAUUUUUUUUUACAUAACAAAAUAAUAAUUGUAAUGUAAUUUACACCACCAAUACACUAUCUCAGGUCAUUGUCCAUAGGCCUACUAACAAUACAUCUGUAAGCUGCUCCAGACAUCUAUUUCUCUAUCUAUUUAAAUUAUAUAUGAAAAUCUGAGAAUCUGAUCUAAUUCAUGCAUUUUUGAAAAAUUCUGUAUUGUCCUGCAUUUGAGGCUUGAGUGGUCUGAAAACUCUUGUUUUCAUCCUUAUCCCUGCACAUAUCCCUGUAAUUAGCUGUGAUUGUUCAAAGUCUGGGUGAAACGUACAGGGUUCUGAAAUGCAGCCAGCUUUUAAGCAUAAAUAUGAUGAAAUGCAACAAUGAAGAGGCAGGAUCUAUAUCAGGAUCAGUUCAACAGAAAGUCAGCUGUCCCAUUUCUAUUAAGUCGUUUUAGAUGGUUUACAAUGAAGGAAAUUUUAAAUGACUAUGGCACAGGGCAAUCGCAAUUACCUUUGCCAAAAGCAUGACAUGAUUUUUUUUAUUUAUUUAUUUUUUUCCAAAAUCUAAACCCUUGUACUUUGCAGUAUUAUAAUGUUAUUAUAAUGGUAUACUUCUUUGCAAUUUAAGCUAAUGUGUAAUGUUGCCACUAGAGGUCUCUAGAGCUGCAUUGGUUUUGAAAAGUGAGUUGCAAAGUCGACGAUAUCAAGUUGAUUGUUUUGCAACGUUGUUUCAUUUUAGUCCCGUGGUAAUUGUGUUCAUAACAGGCUUUACGAACAGAGAGAAGAAAGUACACCCCAUUGUCAGUGUAUUAUGAUCGUGCGCUCUAUUCAGUAUGUUAGGUUGGUGUACUAAAUAAUAAUAACCUGUCUACCCUAAGCUAAUUAGUGUUCUGCCUAAUUAAUUAAAGGCGUAUCCUCUAGUUUAAAAAGUCAUUCCCAUCGUUAAGAGUGUUGCAGUUAACAUGAUCCAGAUGUAAUAACAGUAAACUAUAUGGCAAUUUGCUUAAAGAUCGUCCUGUUUUUUAUCCCGAGAAUGUGACGUUUUUGACAGGAAAAGUAGGCAGGGAUUUAACGCCUGAAGCUCCACGCUAGAGGAGGGACCAUGGCACUGUGAGAAGAGGGGCCGAGUUUCUCAGCGCUCUGGAAUCGGAAGACCAUCCAGUUAUGAUCUGAAACUGUCCGUGUGUGCGUAAAAUGUAUUUAUUUAUUUUUUAUUUUUUUUGCCUAAUGGGUCUUGAAAAGUGAGCUGUCUACGCUGUCCUCGAUGUCACCACAGAGAGCGUCAAUGGAAGUCACAACAAGAAGUUUCUGAAGAUUUCUUUUUAACUUUGAAGGGUCUACUAACGCAAAGAAGAUGAAGGAGUUGAGAAAGAGAAAGCUGUACGUGGUGGUGGACGUCCUGUGCGUUUUAGUGGCGGCUCUCCCCUUCAUCAUCAUGACAAUUGUAUCCAAGCCUUACCAUAGACGUAUCUACUGUGACGACGAGAGCAUCCAAUACCCCCUCAAACCUGACACCAUCACACAUGGCAUGCUGGCUGCUGUCACCAUCUCCUGCACAGUCAUCAUAAUCUCAUCUGGUGAAGCCUAUUUAGUCUACAGCAAGAAGAUAUACUCAAAUUCCAGUUUCAACCAGUAUGUAGCUGCUCUUUACAAGGUUGUGGGGACCUUUCUGUUUGGAGGAGCUGUAAGUCAGUCGCUCACAGACUUGGCCAAGUACACUAUCGGCCGCCCAAGGCCAAACUUCAUGAGCGUGUGUGCACCCAGAGUCUGUAUCAGCUACAUUGAAGCAGCAAACUGCACCGGGAGGCCACAGGAUGUCACAGAGUCCAGUUUGUCAUUUUACUCUGGGCAUUCAUCAUUUGGCAUGUACUGCAUGCUCUUCUUGGCGCUUUAUGUGCAGGCCAGACUUGCUGCUAAGUGGGCCAGACUUCUCCGACCAACCAUCCAGUUCUUCCUGGUGGCCUUUGCCGUGUAUGUGGGCUACACUCGCGUUUCUGAUUACAAGCACCACUGGAGCGAUGUGCUGGUGGGACUGCUGCAAGGAGCGCUGGUGGCUGUGCUCAAUGUGCACUUUGUGUCAGACUUCUUCAAGAAACGCCCUCCACGUCGGUGCACCCAGACCACAGUGGAGAGCGAGGAAGCAGAGAGGAAACCCAGCCUGCAGAUCGCAGACUCGGAGCACAGCAACCAUUACAACUAUCACCAGAACUCUGGUCCUGUCUAGGGCAGAAGGAGCAGACCACACAACACGCAGUGUGAGGGCCUGGAGGAUCCUGUGGACAUGGUGGACAAGCUCAGCGUUCUCAGGCUGACUUCAGCUCUUUGGUCUGGUUCUUUAUGUGAACCACUCACCCAUCUCAAACCACUGGACUGAGAGACGAGGAUAUCCAGACUACACAGAAAUGUUUCCUUCUUCCCUCCAAAGAAAGCAUUUUAUUCAGAAAACACAAAGUAAAAUAUCAAUAAGCUUAAUUUGGUUGGGAAUCCAUUGACUGGCCUGGCUUCUGCUGGUUGUAUUGAUUAUUUAAGAAUAAGAGUUAUCAUGGCUCAAAGAUGCACAACCACCAUCCCUGCUCAGAGCCUCUCCCUGAGUUAAUGCUGGUAGACAGUUUACUCUUACAUUUCUCAAGUCAUGUUAUCAGAAACAGUAAAACAUUCAGUUUGUUAAGUAUUAUCAAUACCUGUUUGGUGAAUGUAGCUUUACAUUUUUGUUUUUACUGUUUUUAUUUUAGUGCAUCACAGAGACAAUAAUAAUGCCCAUUUUCUGCUGUAUGUCCCCAGUGGAAAGGCUUCAAAUGAUUAUAAGCUUCAAAUUGUCUUAAGGUGUAUGUGCUGUCAUUAGGAGGGUUUGAUACAUCUCUACAUUUGCAGUAAUCAAAUACAUGUCGAGAUACAGGAUGUGAGAUAUGAAAUGUCAGUCAGGUUCAGUGCUUUAUAGGGUUUUCUUUUUUAGUACUGAUGGGUUUUGUUUGAAAGCUGUUUGGAAGGUAUUAUGUUGACUGUACUGUGUGUGUUGUGAGGAUAUAUCUUGCUAUUGAUUAUUUUUUACAGUUUUCAUAGAAGCACACAUUUUCCAGACAUAUUCUGUCAGCUUUGUUUCCCUGUGGACCCGUUUAUCACGUGCGUGUAUAGCUUAACUUACUUUAAAAAUGAAUACAAAAGCAUACCACUAAUAUUAUAAUUAUAUUUGCUUUUCUUUAGACGUUCUUUUUUUACGCCUAUUUUAAAAUGGAAGAAAUCGGCUUAAAAAACUAAUUUAUUUGAAACAUCUGCUUUUAGUUGGAAUUUUCUGCACUACUUUCAUGUGCAAUCAUGGAUGCUUGCCACUAUGAGCCAGAAAUACUGUUAAAGGCAUGAGACUUGCUCCAUGUUCCUGAAGGAUGUGAGCCUAUGCUAUAAUAUGUUUUAUAUGUUUUAUUUUACAUUAAGUGUGUGCAUGAUUAGGCCUGAAUGUGUUACUUUGGUGCUUUUUCUGUUGGUAGUACCUACCACAAAAAUGCUCUCAUAUUCCAAACAUAAGCCAGAUGCCUUGGCAGAUCUUUUAAGGGACUCUUGUAAUGAUUAAGACUAACACAGCCAAAGCCGAAGAUACUGACCCAGCCCCACUUCAAAGCACUGCCUCUUCCUGUGCUGAUACUCGGGGCUCAUUUGUGCUGAGUGUUUCCUGUACAGUGCUGCAGCGGAGCUGGGAGCAGACGUCAGUGAACACCACAGCCCUGCCCGGACCUAAAGGGGGACCAGUCUCACCUGGUAAUGAUUGUGAGGCUCAUGAGCAGAGCUGAGACUGGGGAAAGGUGGCAUGCUUUAGUGGGGCGGGGUCAUGGUUAUCCCAUAAUGAACUUUGGUCCCUGGAGUCUUCCCCACAUUGAAAACACAUUUCUAACACAAAGCAGCUGGAAGUGCUUGUGGUGUGGUGGCGUGUGAGCCCCCCUUGCCUCAGUGUACAUCUAAGUCAUCGGAGUGUUACUGAAGCCAGACCAAGGCCUUGUAUAGUCUGUCCUUCAGACCUGGUGACGUGGCUCUGUGCUAAAGAUUUGUUAGACUAUAUGUAUUGCGAAGUCUACCCUUAUUGGUUGUUGUGUGUGUGAUUGUUAUCCAAAGACAUUUAAAUAAAGUUAUGGAAAACUGUU